AUGAACAAGAAUUCAGAUUCACGCCUUCUCUUAUGCGUGCAUUGCAGGGUUGAUAUGCUUAUGAUAACCAAUUUCAGCAUGUACCCAAAGACUGGAACGAUUGGAGUUUCACACACGAAUCCGAGGACUACUAGUUUUGAUAAUGUUAUUGCAACAAGAUUUGUACAUAAGACCUCAUCUGAACUUCUCUUUGAAAGGGGAAGCGAUGGACAACUACUAAACUUCCCAUCAUCUUCGUAUCAAGCUGCCAUGGAGAAACUUUCAUCUCUUAUUACUCGCCAAAGGCGUGGGCAGAACCCACCUCUUCCUAAUAAAUUAGAGAGGAUGUCUAUGUAUCUCAAGAUCCUGGGCUUGGAAGAGGAUAUGAAUCGACUCAAAAUUAUUCAUGUCGCAGGCACAAAGGGAAAGGGUUCAACAUGCAUAUUCUGUGAGGCAAUAUUAAGGGAAUGUGGCUUUCGCACUGGAGUUUUCACAUCCCCUCACCUAAUUGAUGUGCGUGAACGGUUUCGUAUAGAUGGGAUUGACAUAUCAGAAGAUAAGUUUUUAGAGUGUUUCUGGGAUUGUUGGAACCAAUUGGAGGAAAAAGCAACGGAGCAGCUUCCAAUGCCCCCACUGUUUCAGUUUCUUACUAUAUUGUCCUUCAAAAUAUUUACAUCUGAACAGGUUGAUGCUGCCAUUAUAGAAGUUGGUCUUGGAGGAACAGAAGACUCAACCAACGUGAUUAAAGAACCUACUGUGUGCGGCAUUACUUCAUUGGGAAUGGAUCAUACUGAGAUUUUAGGAGAUACUCUCGGACAGAUAGCUUCACACAAGGCAGGAAUUUUUAAGCCUAAAGUUCCCGCCUUCACAGUACCCCAACCUCCUGAAGCAAUGGAUGUUAUCCUUGAGAGGGCCAAAGAACUCAUGGUUCCGCUUGAAGUUACUGAGCCUUUAGAUUGUAAACAAAUGAAGGGAUUAAAGCUUGGGUUAUCUGGUGAUCACCAAUUCUAUAAUGCUGCUCUUGCAGUCUCACUUUCUAGAUGCUGGCUUCAGAGAACAGGAAAUUGGGAAAAAGUUUGUCAAAAUGAUUUUCAGGAUUCUAAUUUGCCAGAUGACUUUAUUAAAGGCCUUUCAAGUGCCCAUUUUUCUGGGAGGGCUCAAAUAGUUUGUGACUCUUCUCUAUAUUCUGACUGCUCAGAAAUUACGUCUGAAAAUUGUGGACAGUUGAUAUUUUAUUUGGAUGGAGCUCAUAGUCCAGAGAGCAUGGAUGCUUGUGCAAAGUGGUUCUCCAAUGCCGUAAAGGGAUAUAAAAAUCCAUCACAUUUGUCUAUCAGUGUAAAGAAUACAGAGGAAUCAUCAGAAAAUGGUCACUUUCUACUUGAAAGCAAGGCCUUGGGGCAGUUUGAGAAUUCUUCUAGGCAGAUUCUUCUAUUCAAUUGCUUAGAUGUGAGAAAUCCUAACAUUUUGCUUCCACGGCUAGUCAAUGGAUGUGCUUCGUCAGGUAUUCAUUUCUCAAGAGCGCUUUUUGUUCCGAGUAUGUCAAAGUAUACUAAGGUUACUUCUGGCGCAUCAGUUAUUCCUUCUGAUCUCAGUGGGAUAGAACUAUCAUGGCAAUUUAAUCUACAAAGAAUAUGGGAGAAGAUUGUGCAUGGGAAGGAAACGUCCACUUUGCUUGAAAAGGAUUUCAAGAUAGAUAACAAGCUGAUGUUACCACCUAAUGAAUUUCUUUAUGACAAUGCUUCAAAGGGAUGUCCUUCCCAUAACUAUUUUCCAAGCAGUGCAGUAAUUCCUUCAUUGCCAUUGACAAUAAAAUGGUUGAGGGACUGCGUCAGAGAACACCCAUCAACAAGACUUCAGGUUCUUGUCACUGGAUCUCUGCAUUUGGUUGGAGAUGUACUAAAGCUCUUGAAAAGAUGA